GCGUUUCAGUGCUGGUGGGCAGAAAGACGAUCAAAAUCGAAAGCCUUCAAGGAUCAAAGGCGCUUUAAAGUUGGCUUGGGUGAUGCACGGUGAAUCGUCGCCCAUCUUUUUAGUUUACACGGCCGCUACGGGCGACCGAGCCACCAAUUCGUCAACCCGCGACAGCCACUUCCCUUCUCUUUUCCUUCAUACUCCGACCACUCCCCCAGUGUUUCCUGUCGCACCCUUUGGAUCCUGUUUCCCGAAAUCUCCUGGUCCUGAACAACUCCCGUGCUGUCAUGAGAGAGACGCAUCUGUGGAAAUUUCUCGUUCGGCCUGUCAAGACCUGAAGCCAACAUGAGUUCCCGUGCCGUUUUCCUCGCUGUCUUAAUAUCCUUCCUCGUAAAAUGCGAAGCUUCAACGAAUGGCAACUAUUCGGCUACCAACCUCACUCCUAGGAUCACAUCGACCACUGUUGCCCCAGGCUUAGGUGCAUAUAUUCUCGCCGCUCUAGGACAAACACCCACAUACACCAAUACGACGACAGCUACUGCUGCGCUCAACGCCACUGCCACUUCCAAUGGCUCAUCAGAGGUGACCAGCAGCUCAACGCGUAGUACCAUAUGCUAUGACAACAACCCAAAUAAAUGCUGGACCGAUGUCUACUACACCAAGCCAUCCAUCGCGUCGACUGGUGUAGGUGCUGCAUACGCGACAUCAUGCUCUAGUGUCAGCUCUGAAUACAACUCGGCUUCCAACUCUUGGGUCAACAAACACAGUUAUACCAGCAACUACACCAACGUCAUUGGAGGCACGUCAUGGAUCCCGGUCACAUACUAUGCCAAUGCCACGACACUUUGCGAUGGACAUGCACGAGUGAACUACUCACCUGCCAUUGCAACGUCUUCUACCACCAUAACGACUGUUGGAACAGCUCCCUCCAAAUCUGUGGGCACGGCCUCUAUGGGAUGGAUGUUCCCAAUCUCCUCACCUGUUUGCAGUAUCAACCCCUCUGAUUGUGAUGGAUUGUGGAAAGCCUACACGACGGCAUCAUCUAAAUGGGCUGUCGCUGCGAACGCGACUCAUGCAGUUGAUGCUGUCUUCCCAACCAUCACGCCAUCGCCUUCCAUGCCCCCCUGCAUCAACUCUAGUCAAUCCGCUUCCAACGAAGCUUUCUCCAAGAGUUUCUAUGGUUGUGGACUUUGCACAAUUUUUGGUAACGAGGUUCAACUGGUUUACUUCCCUGAGCCUACCACCGUCUCACGCGACAUGUGUGCAACCACUCCAUCCGCUAAACUGACUGCAUAUGGCAAAGAUGACGGCACGCCUUAUACUGGUGCUGACCUCUCAGCUUCCUGGAACGGAUCUGGCAUCGCCCCAGAGACUGCGGUUGUUGGUACACAUACAUUCACAUCCGGAACAGCCUACAUUUCGAUUAAAAAAGUCUGGGCUGUCAACCGAUGCAGCAGUAAUAUCGGUACAACAGUUUCUGAUGCCAUUCUUGCACUCCCUUCGGACCGUUUGUUGAGUCUUCGUUACUCACAAGAUCACUUCCAGUACUUUGCCACGACUAACAAGGUGACUGGAUACCCAUUCAACUUUGCGGAUCUCAACAGCCCUGUUCCAUACAGUGCUUGGAACGGACAGGCCAGAUGCGAAUUCCCUGGAGCAGCCGACUACAAAUGUAACGUCAUCUAUGAGCACGACUACAACCCUCAAUUGGCCAUGCCGCCGGGUAUCAGAAAACUCAAUCCGGCAUGGGAAGGUUGUCAGAUGUGGUAUGGAGGUCUGUACGAUCCGCCGUAUGCCUUGAAGCCAGGAACUGCUGUUGCAACACCUACUGUUCCAUUCGCAAAGCCGCCAAUGACCACUUCUGCCGCAGAGGCUUCUACCGUUGCUCCUACAACUGCCACAGCCACUGCUCUUGCGGAUCACACGACUGAGCGAGCUACCAGCACAAAGGAGGCCGAGGCUGAGACUACACAGCCCGCACCGACUCAAGGCCAUAACCAGGAUACUCAGGUUGCGCAGUCUCAGAAUGGAGGUCAAAACACUCAAGCAGCUCAGAAUACGCAAGGUGGAAACCAGAACAAUGGAGGUAAUAACAACAACAACGGCAAUAACAAUAAUAACAACAAUGGCCAAAGUACUCAAGCUGGGCAAAACACUCAGGGUGGAAACAACGGUAACGGCCAGAAUACUCAGGCUGGACAAACCAACCUAGCAGGAAAAAACACUCAGGGCCAGAACCAAGGAGGUCAAAACACUCAGGCACAAAACAGCCAGGGUGGUCAGAACGGUCAAGGAGCGCAGACACAAAAUGGAGGUCAAAAUACACAAGGAGGCCAGACGCAAGAUGGAGGUCACAACACUCAGGCCGGACAGAACCAGAGUGGUGGUCAGAACACUCAAGCUGGACAGACUCAGAGUGGAGCUCAAAACACUCAGGCUGGACAGAGCGGACAAGGUGCUCAAACCCAAAAUGCUGGUCAAGGCGAGCACUGGAACCCUACACAGGCCAUUGGACAAAAUACCCAAGGAGGCCAGAACAAUCAGGGCGCCAACACUGCAAAUGGAGCUCAGAACACUCAGGGCUCCCAAGCACAAGGUGGAUCAUCUGGCGGCAACUCGCAAGCUCCUGUCAAACCUCAUAUUUAUAUCUUCACUGCUGGAACGUAUACUUACACUGCUACAAAGACGAAUACGGUCUACGUCUGUGGCACGGACACAGUAUCUGUCGGCGGACCUGCCGUCACACUUCCUGUUGACUGCGUGAUUAGCGCGGGAACAUCUGGACUGAUCAUCAGCACUCAAGCCGCUGCCGUCACAAACCGUGCAUCCGCAGUCACAGCACUUCCAGUCAUCACUAAGGCUGUGGUUGUCACUGUCGGAACCAAGGUUCAAACAGUUUCUGCUGACUCUUCAGGCGUGGUCCAUAUCGGAUCAUCAAAGCUCACUCCUGGCGGUUCAGCAGCUACUCUCGAUGAUGGCUCUGUCGUCAGUGCUGAGAGUAAUGGUGUCAAGGUCGGUUCGACCAUUGUCAGAUACUCAACCGUCGCACCUGCAGCUUCAGCAGGCCCUGAUGUUAUUGUCUUCAUCGUCGGCACAAAGACUGUCACUGCAUCUUGCCCUCCUGGAUCAACCAAUCAAGCUGUUAUCGGAACAGUAACAAUCACUGCUGGCGGAGCUGUCCAGACCUUGGCAAAUGGCUCGCGAGUCAGUCUUGCAUCAGGUGGUACCAUUGUGGUAGACGGUACAUCCGCUGCUGCUAUUGCUACACCAGCGUCUGCAGUAGUCUUCACUGUCAACGGCACACCUGUGACAGCAUACCAAGCUGCUGGUGCUUCCAGUGUUGCAACUAUCGAUGGCACUGUCGUCUCACGAGGCGGCGCUCCUGUGACUUUGUCUGGUGGCGAAGUUGUCAGCAUGGGUUCUGAUGGGUUAGUGGUGCAGCAAGGCUCGACUACCGUGCCUGUUUCUGCAUUCACAACCGUCUCUGGAUCAUCAGACGAGGAUGCCGAAACAUCUGCUGCAUCUGCAUCUGCAUCUGACGCUACGAGCAAUAGAGGUCCGAUCAGCUCAACAAGAACUGCACAGCAGAACCAAGGCACACAGAGCUCAGCGACUGCAACUGGCACAUCGGGAGCAGCAUCAAUAUUCGAGCUCUCCACAAAGGCUAGUCUCAUGACUGUCGCUCUUCUCAUUUCUCCCCUUAUAUUUGCCAUCUACCUCUAAAGCGUUUUAGUUUCGUUUUCCCUUCUAUGCGCGGCGUUAUUGGUAUAUUCUCUUCAGGUCGGUCAUAUUUGCUUUCUGGGCUGGAUCUAAAUAGGCAAAACAGGGGAUGGUUUACUAGGUGUGGGAUCGAUUUUACUCAUGACAUCGAACGACUUUGAGAGCGCUUUGCUUGUACAUAUUAUAUCACAUAGCUUUUUCUACGUGCGACAGAGUCGCCGAUGCAAUACAGUUCACAUAUUCAAUUGACUCGGAUUUCUCCCGAAGUCACGCAUUUGCG